GCCGACAGUCUCAGGCAGAAGUCCACCUCUUCAUUCGUGGAGUUGUUGGGCGGUCUUUUAGACAGUCGUCAAUUGGUCUGCCAAAAUAGUUGGUGCUUCUGCCUUUUUCCUAUUUGUAUUGUACCAAAUAACUGGAGUCCGAUUAGCGUAGUUGUUCCUGCUGUUAGUUUUAGUGAUACGGAGUGUUAUGGUAGUUGUAUGCGGAAAUUAGAUUCGCGGUCAGUGAAUAAGUGAGGUGAAUUGUAUUGUGGAAUAAUUUUAUUCUUGUAAUAUUUAUGGUUAGUUCUGUGAUUCAAAUAUGUUUCGCCCUAAAUAUUGUAUUUUAAUUUUAUUUACCAAAUAAAUGGUAACAUUAGGGCUGUUUUUUAUUAAAUAGGUAAGAAUAUUAUUAAACUGCAAUAUUAUUAUCAUCAGUGCAAUUUAUAAUAGUGCCAAAACCACCUGUUAUUCAUCCAUUGUUUUUGUGCUGUAAUCUGUAAAAUAUUUAACCUCUAAAGUGAGCAAAGUGUACAUCAAUAUUGUGUUGAAUAGUGUUGUGAUAGCCAAUCGGGUGCAGUAUGAAUUUAUAUGCUUCGCUUUGCAGUUUAAAACUAUAGAGGCAGCGCCCCUAGCGAGAUGAUAGUGAAUUAUGACAACGCGUGGUCCGACUGUACAUGCGCACCACACUACUCGGAAUCCGUGGGGUCCCGCCUCCUCUUCUUCCGGCAGCAGCCGCACCUACCACUGCCCGUCCGACUGUUACCAGGAGCCGGCGGACUGGCAGGCGCGUGUCUACAGCCAGCCUGCCCGCACCCCCAGCCCGCAUUACGAUGUCAUAGAGGGUCCCCGGCUCAACAGGGCCGCCUUGCCGCCUCUGGGCGCCCCCGGCUCGGAGCGUGCCGUCACCCCUGCCAGCACCGUGCACACGGAGGGCGCCGUCGACCCUUGCGGUGGCCACUGCACCGCCUUCGAGAACUUCUGCCACUACUGUCUGCAGGUGCUGUUCAUCGCCGGCAUCCUGACGGGAGUGUCGCUGACGGUCGCCGGUAGCGUGCUCCGCGGCCAGAAGCGUGGCGGCGACCUCAUGGUGCUCGUGUACAUCGGCUGUCUUACGGCCAUGGUCUGCACCCUGCUCCUGUCCGUACAGUGCUGUGUGCGCCGCAACGUGCAGAGGCGUAAGCGGGCGCGGGGGGCCAGGGGAGGCGCCAUACCGCUCCAGGAGCUUGGUGGCCCUGGCCCUCUCGCACCCCCCGUACUCCCCCAGCCUGGCCAGUACGAGCCGCUACUGAGGCGGCUUGUCCAGCAGCAAAUCCACGACGAGAACCAAAGAUACAUUCCCGAGCCUGUCAACACCGUGGUCAGGGGAGACCGUAGCGGAACACCCUGGUGGAGGAGACAGCCGCCCCAUGCUCAUCCCCAUCCUUACAAGUUGUCCCAUGCUCAGGCCCAGAUGCCUCUGUGACACAGCAACAGUGGUGCCGUGCCAACUUUAUACAUCACCACCGCCCUCUCACCAUUCAUACCUUAUACCCUCUAUCUUUGUUUUAAUCUACUUGUAAAUGUUAGUUACUGUUUAAGAUAAGACUGAUAUGCUUUUAUUGACUAACCACGAUACUGGCUUACCCAGAAAGUUUUGUUUUGGAAGAGGGGUAAUAAAAGUAUCUCCUUAGUUACUGUAGUA